AUGGUCAUCAUCGUCAUCACCACGGCUAUCAACAUCGCCAACUAUCCAGAGAAAGAUAUGGAAGGUGUCAAGCAGAAAUUAUUGACAGUUUUGUUUGACCAACAGAAACUUUUGGACACGAACGUGGAGGAGAUAAUGAGAUCCAUAGAGGGAAUUUUGACGCUGCAAUUGAAAUAUGAAAAUUUGAGUUUUGAGAUCCUCAUAAUGAAGUGCAAGGACCUGCCCAAGAGAACAGGGUACCUCGCUGAUAAGUCAGGCUCCAUGCCAAAACCAUAUCUGAAGAUGAGUUUCUUGCCAAGAUCGUUAGGCCGACAUUCGUGCAGAACGCGGGCUCUGCCUGGCACAUGUUCACCUGAAUGGAAUCAAAAAUUCACCCUAGAUGGAAUCACUGAAGAAGAGGCAAUUAACAUAUUAUAA